UCAUGGCGUCGGACGUGUCUCUAGAACCAGAAGCAAAGAAAGCGAGAUUGAAUAAUACGUCUGAAGAAUUACUUGAAAAGAUCAAAGAAGAAGCAACAUUUCCUCGACCUGUUCUUGCAGACGAGUACACGCGCGAUUUUGAAGCAGUGCAAGUUUACGCAGCUGAUGUAAAGGACAAAACACAAACAUCGCAACUCAUUAGAGUUUUAAAUGAGAUUUUGCCUUUAAAGGAGUUGAGGCAUUUAAGACGAGUGCGUUGCUGCAAAAUCAAUGACGACGAAUCACUUCUUCAAAUAAUCUUAUGUGUAAGGAGUGAAAAAGAGGCAGACAAUUCAUUUACUCAACUUAUAGAACAAAAUAAAACAGCAGCAAAAUCUCUAGGACGACCCUUUGUGGUUGAUGUGGCAAAACAUCCUCCUUUGACUAGAGAACAGUUUAACCAAGCAUCUAUUUUCUGGCCAGUCAAUUUUCAUGAGGACAAAUAUGUUUCAAGGGUAUUAAGAGGGGACCUAUUUGACAAAGAUGAAGUGUCGUUGAUUGAAAAGUUCAUGAGAAUGGCAAUAGCAGAAGCAAAGAACAUGAGAUCUAGAAAGUUUCCCAUUGGAGCUGUGAUUGUUGAUCCACAGAAGAACCACCCCAUAGCUGCAUGUCAUGACUUAAGAUGUGCAGGACACCCACUCCAACAUGCUGUCAUGGUGUGCCUGGAUCUAGUAGCACAUAGUCAGUCAUCAGGUGCCUGGAAGCUUAACUGCCAAGAGGUGAAUGGAGCAUGGGCAUUGAAAGACAAAGGUUCACAGUCACAGCAAAGAGCUUGUUGUUGUGGCAGAUUUUAUUCCAAAGACUGCAGCUCAGUGCAGAAAGAGUCAUUGGAUGAAAGAUUUACUCAUUGUAGGGAGCCAUGCAAUUUGCUAAAAGAUACUGACAACAAAUGCAAGUCAAUGCCUUAUCUUUGCACUGGAUAUGAUCUCUAUGUCACAAGGGAACCUUGUUCUAUGUGUGCAAUGGCUUUGGUGCACUCAAGAAUCAGACGAGUUUUCUAUGGCUGUAGUGACAAUAUAACUGGUGCUUUAGGCAGUAGAUAUAAGAUUCAUACUCAAACUGGACUUAACCAUCAUUAUGAGGUGUUCUGUGGUGUGCUGGAAGAUGACUGUAGAACUUUGUUUGAGAGAACUCCUUAAUAGGAGAUUAGUCAAGUGCAAGUGACAGAAGCUCUAAUCCUGCAACUCCUAAAGAAAUAAAGGUAAAAAUUGCCUUAACAUUUUCUGCUCUAUGAAUAAAGGGGGUAAGUUUCUAAAGAAACUGUAGUGCUGUGUCGGUGGGG